AUGGGCCACUGGACCGAUCUACUUGACUUGUUGAAAUAUCGAAGUGAGAAGAGACCAGACAAAGUAAUUACCAGGGUUCUAGAAGAAUGUAAAGAUAAACCUAGUGAGUUUUUAAUAAACCAUCAGUACCGAGAAGAGUAUCACAAUCAUGAACAAAUAUAUCUGUUAUGUGGUUUUCCCAGCUCAGUGUUGCGGGAAGUGAACGUGACAGUAUUCCAGUCGUCAGAGUGCGAUCAGAGCUACUCUACUCUGUCAUAUUACCCCACUAUAUGGCCUCAGGGUAUUGGGCAGGAGACUGUGUGUGCUGGAGACCGCAAUGGGCGACGCGACGCCUGCCAGGGUGAUUCUGGGGGACCCAUCGUGACCCGUAACCCAUAUGGGCGCUUCACCUUGGCCGGAUUAGUGUCGAGCGGCAAUGAGUGUGGCCUGAAGGGCUUUCCUGGCCUCUAUGUCAAUCUCCGUCACCCGCCAUACCUUGCCUGGAUCAAGAAGGUCGCCUUCAAAUAA